CUUACAAAUUAAAUUACUUAAAAUUAUUUAAUUUUUAAAUUUUAAUUAUACUUACCUUUAUGAUGACUAGAAAUGUACUCAUAUAAAUAUUUAAGUAUUUUGACUUUUAAGUUUAGUAUUAAUUGUUUAUUUUAUUUUAAUUCAACAUGGAUUUAUUAAUUGCUGAGAUGGAAAAAUUGUUAAAUUUAGAUAAAGAAAAAUGUGACAUUCAAGGCAUUACAGAUGAAUAUGCUGGAAAAAAUAUUGAUGAUUUGUUAAUUGAAGCUGAUAAAAUAAUCAGUGAAACACUCCCAUACUUUCAAACGUCUUCCAGUUUAAAUAAAGUUAAAUCAUCUAAAGAUUUUAAUGAUAUAAAAAUGAGUCCUAUAAACAAAACAAUAGCAAAUAAAAACAAUCAAAAUGAUACAAAAAAAGUUGUUUUUAAUUUAAAAAACAAUUUUCAUAAAGUGCAAGAACAAACAUCAGAAAUAUCUGGAAAAAUAACUAUAAAUAAAUAUGUUAUAGACAAAGAAAAAAAGAAAAGUAUAGGUUCUUCAUCUUUAAAAAAUUGUGCCUCAUUAGAGUUUGAGGUUCCAAAAGUGAAUUUUAUAAAAACUCAAUGCCAAACGAGUUCUACUAUAUUAGAAAAUCAUAAUAGACUUCAAACUAUGUGUAAUAGACAUGAUAAUCUAGCAAAUAAUUCAAAAACACAGGACCAAAUUAAUAAAUUAAAAUUGGAAGAAGAAUUAAAUUAUUAUAAAUUGAAAAAUAAAGAACUUGAGAAAAAUCUCAAGCUUAAAGAGGAAGAAAUUCGUAAUUGGGAAAUUCGAUAUCAACAGUUGAAUCAAUAUUGUGAAAUGUUUUUAAAAAGAAAUAUUGAAGAUACCUUAAAUAGUUAUGGCUAUCAAUUAAAUGAAUUAAUUGAUCGUAAUAUGACUAGAGAAUCAGAAUUGCGUAAUAUUAUAAGUAAUCUCCUAGAAGAAAUUGAGCAGUCACAUUUACAUUACAGAUUAAAACUGUCAGAAAAAAAUGAACAGAUACGCAAAUAUCUUGAUUACAUACAAAGAAUACUUAAUAGUGUUUAUGAAUUUAGAAAUAAAAAUAUAAAAAGAUAAUAUAAAUAACAUAAUUAAAGUGUACUGGCUAUACAAUCGUUUCAUUAAAUUCGACUGUUUAUACAAAACUAUAAAUAGUAUACACUCAAAAAUAUAAUUAUAACAAAAAUUAAAUUGUUAUUAAAUUAUGAUUAUAUA